GGCGAGAUCGGUAGAAAAACUUUUAUCAGCGUCUCACGUGGGACCAGAGAAAACCCACAAUUUCUAGCAAUUUUCGCGUAUAAAGCAGUGUUAAUUCCAUUCAAUUCUAAAUUGUAGAUUCCAUCAUGUUUGCAAGAUGUUUGACAAGUGCCAUCAAACUGGUCCAACGACAGCAAUCCAGUAUUUUCUCAGGUGUGAGAACUCUUUACUCCUCAACAAUGAUGGGAAUAGACAACUUCGCUCAAGUAAGAGAACUUCAAAUCGAACAAACUCAAGAUACAGCUGAAAGGUUCCGCACAAAAAUGGGUGAAUUUGUUGAUCCCAGCUCCACAAAUCUAGUUUUUACGGAGGAUUUGAAGCUCAUGGUAUACAUAGCAGCCAAUGAAAAAGAUGAUCUCAUGUUACUGGAGAAAAUGAUGAAAAAGUUUCACAAUCAAAACAAGGAAUUGCGUUUUGGCACAUUUUCAUUUGGUCCUGUAGUCAUGCGACUUUAUACCUUGUUCAACUUGCCCCAUGAAGCUUUCAAGCUUUUCAAGGAUCCGGACCUUAAUGGAUUUUUUGACCAAAUCACAAGUUUUGUGCUCCUAGCCGAUCUCCUUUUCAAGAAUGAAAUGUACGAAGAAGUCUUGGAAGUCUACAAAAUUAUUCAAGACAAGCAAAUACAGAAUAUGAGGUUCCCCAAGAAUCUAACCACUGUUGUUUUUGCUGCUUUGUACAAAUUGAAUACUCCUGAGGCAUUUGAAAAAUGCGUAGGCUACAUCAAAGAAAUGGAUGAAGCAGGUCACCAGCUGGUCAGGCGAGCAGUUUGUUUCGCAGUUAAGCUAGCCAUUAAUCAAAACAAACCUGAGCUUGCCAAAGAACUACUGGCACGAAUCAGAGGGCAAAAUUAUAUCACAGUGAAAAACUUACAGAUUUUAGCUUUGGCAAACCUAGGUAGGGCCGAUGAUGCCCUCCCACUUUUAAGGAGUGAAAUAGAUAAUGACGUUCCUUCAAGAAGUAGAGAUCAAGGAGGAGCCUUUUUACAAGAAGUUAUCGAUAGAUUAGAAGAGGAAGUCGUAAAAUUGGACCAGAAAGAAGUAACAAUAGAAUUCAAUAGGAUAAAAGAAAGUUUAAAUCAAAACGCACUAGUACAGGACAAGAGUCUGGACUCAUUUUUACUGGCCGAAAUCAACAUUACUCCCUCUACUCCAGAGAGAUCGUUUUUCGAAGGCGGCUUCAACACGAGGAACCCUCGAGACGGUAAAUACCAAGACAGGGGUUUUGCACCUAGAGGCAGAGACAGCUAUGACCGCAGAGGCAGCUUUGACCGCAGAGACGGCUACAACCGCAGAGACAGCUACGACCGCAGAGAUAAUUUCGACCGCAGAGAUAACUUCGACGGAAGACGAAGAGAAAGACCAAAUGGGCCAGGCCUCAGAGACCUAGUUUAGUUGCCAGAAAAUAAUUUGGUAUCAUAGAUCCCUGGAAACUUUAAUAGUGCUCUUAGAUUGUGUUUAUUCGAAUCUUGGAGACUCUCGGGUAGCUGCCAGUCCAAACGGUACUUCAAGUCAAAGUUACAUCUCUAGGUCAUGAAUCAAGGAGAGAAAAUUGUGCUUUAGGUUCUAAUGCGCAAUCGUUAUUGCAGGAUAAAUAUCUCUGACCCUAAUAAAAGUAUAGUUGAUUAGCUGUGGGUCCACUUUCCUCUAAGGGGAAGUCAAAACCUGGUAUAACCGUAAGUUAGUAUGGACUGCAAGACGAGAUACAAAAUGGAGCGUUACAAACAUCUCAUCAAAAGCUUAAGCAGAAACAUUUGACGCAAUGAAACUUUCCAAAUUUAUCUUACAAGUUGGAAAAUAAUGAUUUUUGUCUGUGCUAAUUCGCUUUUCCUGCUUACAGAGAAGCCUGAGUCUACUCUAGCAAAUUGAGCGCUAAACUAAUUUUGAUAUAUUUCACGAUGGAAGAAUUUUCUGUGAACGAACUUUUUUUGGAAAAAAUUAAAGGUAUCUUGUAUCAGGAGAAGAAGGAAGUGUGUGUGAAACUAAGCUUUAUUUCCCCAACGCACGGGUUAAUAUCUCUUCCUAAUUUGACCCAUAUUGAUCAUAGUCUUUGAAGGAGAGGGAAGUUGAAAUUGUCUGUUAAUAAUGUAAACUGUGAACGUUUAUUUCUCACUUUUGAGUAGAAUGUGGAAGUUUUUUUAUAUGUUUUACCUUGUCUACGUAACAUAUCGACGGUGAAA